GUUUGACUUAUCAUGAUACACCAAUAUCAUAGCUAGGUUUCGAGCGGGUGCCGUCGCAAUUCGGAUUAUAGAUGCUAUAAAACCAUGAUACCCCAUACAACGAUUCCCGAUCUCCAUCCGAUAUCGACUGCACUCGUUCACAUAUUGAUCAUCUACAAGUUUCCGACGUGGUUCACGGUGCUCAGUACUUUUCAUAAACUCUCAGAUCAGCAUUCUCUACCAUGGUAUCAUCCGAAGCACAACCAGCGGACGUGUACGAUGUCAUCGGCCUUGGAUUUGGCCCAGCAAAUCUUGCUGCUGCUGGUGCGCUACUAGAACAACCAAGAGAGACCUGCCCGAUAUCUGUAUACAAAUCUCUCUUUAUUGAGCGACAUCAUGAAUUCAAAUGGCAUCCGGGUAUGCUUCUCCCAGGUACCCGUAUGCAGAUCAGUUUCCUGAAAGAUUUGGCGACCUUGAGAUCGCCACAAUCUCCAAUCACCUUCGUUGCAUACUUGCACUCCCAAAACCGUCUAGUGGAGUUCAUCAACCGGAAUUGCAUGACCCCGACUCGGAAGGAAUACUCCGAUUACCUUGCCCAUGUAGCGCGGUACGUGCAAGGUCAAGGCAUCAAGGUUGCGUAUGGCGAAAAUGUCAUUGCAAUUGAAGAAGGGGGUGAAGGCACCGUGCUGGUCCAUAGCAUCGUGCUUACCACUGGAGAAACUAUCGUUCGUCGUGCAAAAAAUCUAAUCAUCUCGCCAGGAGGCUCACCACGGGUCCCGCGGUGUAUUCAGAGCAUCUCACCUCAUCCUCGCAUCAUUCACAGCUCUGCGUACGUGUCUUCUGUAGAAUCGAUGUUGGACACGAUGAAGACCAUCACUCGGCCACUUAAAAUCGCGGUCGUCGGUGCGGGGCAGUCCGCAGUGGAAGUACUGCUCGACCUUCAGUCGCGGCUAACUAGCAUGGGCAAGAGUACCGGCCAAGCACAUGACCUCCACCUCAUCAUUCGUGGUGGCUCAUUGAAAUCGAGCGAUGGCGGCCCCUUUUCGAACCAGGUAUACAAUCCAGAAUUUGUGGAUGUUAUGUAUAACCUGCCGAGUGAUUCUCGAAGAAGAGUGAUGGCGGACUACGAGGGCACAAAUUACGGGGUAGUAAAUCCGAUUACACUUGAUUCACUCUUCAACGUCCUAUACGACCAACGUGUAGACGGUGACAUCGCUAGACGCAAGAAAAACGCACUGGCUGCGACCGAUGCACAUAUCACUAUCGUAACUUAUAGUAACCUGGCGUCAGCGGAGAUUAGCACGCAUCCUUCGCAAACCUCCACAGAAACAGAAACACCUACAUUCUCGGUUCUUCUGCAGAAUACCCUCACACAAGAUUUCUCCGAGGCGACAUAUGAUGCCAUUGUUUGCGCUACUGGCUACGAGCGAAAUUCGUGGCUGAGCCUCUUGAAAUCAUCCAGCUUAGGCAAGCAUUUCGGUCUGUGCGCUACUUCAGAUAACACGCGCCUCUCUGUGGAGCGCGACUUUAGAGCGAUCAUAAACGGGAAGAAUGGCGCGUUUAAAGCGGCCACGAACGGAAUAAACGGUCAUUCACGGACAUCGGUCACGGGCAUCAACGGAGAGAAGACACAUGCACAAUAUACAUCUACGGAGACCAAGGAUUCUGAUACAAUCUUUAUCUCGCGAAGUCAUAGACUUCUUCCACUACCGACGGCUAGUCAUGGACUUAUUCCAAAGAUCUACUUGCAAGGUUGUGCAGAGGAAACGCAUGGGAUAACAGAGACGCUAUUGAGUGUGGUGGGGAUUAGGGCCGGAGAGGUGGUGGAAGACUUGUGUUCAAAUUAUUAGAGAAUUUGGGGACCUGCGAUUUGCAGGAUACAGAUUUGAGCUUUUAUAAUAACAGUUAAGACACUUUUGAUUGAUGGCCGGAACCCCUGACGCAGUAUGUGUUCAAUGUUACUGUAGAGAUACUUACUACGAGUCGUUCAAAUUGCUGCACGGCCCGUGUUAGAAUUCUUGUACUAUAUAUCAAUAUGUACUAGUAGUAGAUUAUCGAUCGUCCAACACGAGAACCACGCGACAGG